AAGAGCCCAGGUGUGGGUCAAGCACGGCACAGUUUCGGUUUUGGCAGCAGCAUCCAGUGUCCUGCCCGAGGCUUCUAGAAAGGCAGGGGUUGCCGACUGGUCAACAGGCUGUGCUCCUGAAACCGAGUCGACGGAAUAGAAGGAAGUAGCUAAAACAACCACGCAAGAAGGUGGUCUGGGCAGCACAGCCUUGAGGAGCCACAAGCCAUGACACGCUUCUUCUACGCCUGCCUGCUGGCUAUCUUCCCAGUGGUCUCCAUGAAGAGUCCCAUAUUCGGUCCCCAGGAUGUGAGCAGCGUGGAAGGCAGCUCGGUGUCCAUCAGAUGCUACUACCCAGCCUCCUCCGUCAACCGGCAUUCUCGGAAGUACUGGUGCCGAAUAGGAGCCAAGGGCCGCUGCACAACCCUCAUCUCCUCGGAGGGCUACAUCUCCAAGGACUACAAGGGCAGAGCCAACCUCACCAACUUCCCAGAGAACGGCACCUUCGUGAUGGACAUUAGCCACCUGACCCGCAGUGACUCUGGGCUCUACAAGUGUGGUCUGGGCAUUAGCAGCCGAGGCCUGUCUUUUGACGUGAGCCUGGAGGUCAGCCAAGGUCCUGGACAGAUAGGUGACGUCCACGUCUACACAGCAGACCUGGGCAGCACAGUAACCAUCAACUGCCCUUUCAAGUCUGAGAAUGCUCAGAAGCCGAAAUCCGUGUACAAGAAACUGGGCCAGGCCCGCGUCCUGGUCAUCGACUCCAAUGGGUAUUUGAACAACAACUUUAGCAACAGAGCACAUCUCAGUAUUCAGGGUACCAACCAAUUAGUAUUCAGCUUUGUCAUCAACCGAAUCCAGCUCCGCGAUGCUGGGAUAUACAUCUGCCAGGCUGGGGACGAAGAGAGCAGCGCUGACCUCCAAGUGCUGAAGCCCGAGCCUGAGCUGAUUUAUGGAGACCUGAGGGGCUCGGUGACAUUUGACUGCGCCCUGGGCCAGGAGAUGGCAAAUGUGGCCAAAUUUCUGUGCCAGCUAAAAAAUGGGAAAACCUGCAGUGUGGUCAUCAACACCCUGGGGAAGAAGGCUCAGGACUUUGAGGGCAGGAUCCUGCUCACUCCCAAGGAAAACAGCCACUUCAGCGUGCACAUCACCGGGCUGAGGAAAGAGGACGCAGGACACUACCUGUGUGGAGCCCACCCUGACGGUGAGCCUAAGGAAGGCUGGCCGGUCCAGGCUUGGCAGCUCUUCAUCAAUGAAGAUACUAUGAUUCCCCCAAGAUCCUCCGUGGUGAGAGGUGUGGUGGGAGGCUCCGUGGCCGUGACCUGCCCCUACAACCCGAAGGAAACAAACAGCCUGAAGUACUGGUGUCGCUGGGAAGAGAAUGAAAACGGCCGCUGCCCGCAGCUGGUGGAGAGCAACGGGCUAGUGAACGAGCAGUACGAGGGCCGGCUCGCGCUGUACGAGGAGCCAGGCAACGGCACCUUCACGGUCAUACUCAACCAGCUCACCAGCCGGGACGCCGGCUUCUACUGGUGUUUGACCAACGAGGACUCUCGCUGGAGGUCCACCGUGGAGCUCAAGAUUGUUGAAGGAGAACCGAACCUCAAGCUACCCGAGAAUGUCACCGCUUGGGUGGGAGAGACCCUCAAGCUCCCCUGCCACUUCCCAUGCAAAUUCUAUGCCUACCAGAAGUACUGGUGUAAGUGGAGCAACACUGGCUGCAGGGCCCUGCCCAGCCAGGACGAAGGCCCCAGCCAGGCCUUUGUGAACUGCGACAAGAAGAGCCAGAUCAUCUCCCUGAACCUGAACCCUGUCAGAAAGGAGGAUGAAGGCUGGUAUUGGUGCGGAGUGAAGGACGGACUCCACUACGGAGAGACUGGGGCUGUCUACGUGGCAGUGGAACAGAAGGCAAAGGGGUCGGGAGAUGCCCGUCUAGCGAAUGCUGCUCCUGCUCCUGCUGAAGAGGCAAUAGAGCCAAGGGCCAGGGGGACUGAGAACGAGGUCAUCCUGGAUCCCAGCCUCAUUGCAGAGGACAGAGCAGUGAAGGAUGGUGAAGUCCCAGCUGGUGGGAGUGGAGUACCUGCAGCCCCCGGCAGCUCUGUGGGCCAAGGCGGGGGCUCCAAAGCGGUCGUCUCCACCCUGGUGCCCCUGGCGCUGGUGAUGCUUGUGGGGGCUGUGACCAUUGGGGUGCUCAGAGCCCGGCACAGGAAGAAUAUCGACCGGAUUUCAAUCAGAAGCUACAGGACAGACAUCAGCAUGUCGGACUUUGAGAACUCCCGGGAUUUUGGAGCUCAUGACAACGCGGGAGCCACUCUAGAUACCCAGGAGACAUCUCUUGGAGGGAAAGAUAGGUUCACCACCACUAUGGAGAAUACCGUGGAGGACAAAGAACCCAAGAGGGCGAAAAGGUCAUCCAAGGAGGAAGCCGACAAGGCCUUCACCACCUUCCUGCUCCAGGCCAACAGCAUUAUCGCCGCUACCCAGAACGGCCCCAGAGAAGCCUAGACAGAGCGCUGGCUGCCCCGUCCCUGAGCAUGUGGCAAUCACCUUCAGAAUCACGUUGAUCCUCAGGGCCCUCAGCUCCGGGGGCUCCCCUGCCUGCACGCACACACCCCACCUAGGCUUUUGCUACCUGUCCUCAGAGGGUGUGUUGGUCCCUUCUCAGUGGCAUCCAAGCCGGCUUACUUGUUCCUGUUGGGGCUGAGGUGACAUGAGGAAUUCCCACAUGCGGCUUAUUUCUAACAAGAGAACGAAGGUGUGGAAGGAGAUUAAGAUCCUAGCGAGGUGUCUCAGAAGAAAGAAAAAAAGGGGACCAGGGUGGAUGGGGAGACAAUUUCAGAAAGGAAGGCCAUUCUGGGCUUCUCUGCACCCUUAUUUGGAGAUGCCAGUGGGAUUCUCUCUUCCACUCCAUCCCUGCAUCUCUCCAUCUCCCCUCGCUUGCAUCUUCUCUUCUUCUUUCCCUCUGAAAAACCUGUGUGUGUGUGUGUGGAGUUCCCAUCAUGGCACAGUGGAAAUACUCUGACUAGGAACCCUGAGGUUGCAGGUUCAAUCCCUGGCCUCGAUCAGUGGGUAAAGGAUCUGGCGUUGCCGUGAGUUGUAGUAUGGGUUGCAGAUGUGGCUUGGACCCUGCAUUGCUGUGGCCGUGGUGUAGGCCAGCAGUUGUAGCUCCGAUUGGACCCCUAGCCUGGGAACCUCCAUGGGCCGCAGGUGUGGCCAUAAAAAGAAAAGGAAAAAAACAAAAAACCUGUGUGUGGAUAUACUCACUAGAACCCAAGCCCUCUGCUGGACACCGGGACAGACAGGCUGCAAACUUAGCCAGCAGGCUUUCUGUAAACAUCACCACAUCCUGGGAAACCACAGCAUCUCUGUGUGUUUAUCCUCACUGACAUCCUCGUCAGGGAUACUCACCUCUACCUGCUUUGGGAGAAAUUAUAAAAGGUCUGGAGUCCUGAGGCCUUAGGGUUAUGAAACGUUGGGCAUAGGUACAAGGAAUCCCUAACACACAUUCUUACUCUUCGACUUGAGAAAAUUGAGGUCCUGAGAGGCGAAGAGGUUUUUCUCAAGGGUAGCGAGGGAGAUCGUCCAGCGUUCAAGCGAGAUUUGGCAUCUCUUGUCUCUAUACAACACCCCCUGCUUUCCUGAUAGAGAUGGACUUGUACCCAAGGAGGAAGAGGAAGAGAAAAAUAGACACGAGUCUUUCGCACGCAUGCCCCCCACCCCCAGGGAAGACAGCUCUUUCCCUUUCAGUCACUCUCAGAGACCUGAGAGGACAAAAGAAUGUCCAAACACUCACAACGCCUGUAUUUGAAGAGUUCUGGGUAGACGUGGGGGAGGGAGGAGGUUUGACGGUGCCAGGGAGGGGCUGAUGUCCCAAGAGCUAAGGUUUAGGGUCUUUUUCCCUCUAAGCUCUGCACUUCCACUAGCACCUAUGAGCUAGCACUUGCUGACAAAUCAAAAAUGUGAAUUAAUUAAUCAUUAAAGACCGUGAUUGCCAUCAA